UUAGCUACCAGUAGAUUUUGUCUUCUCAGGCAACUUGGAAAUAAAGCGAAGGUGGAACGUUAUUUCUUAUAUUUGUUGGUGACAAUAAAACAGAUGCAGUUAAAGACAGAUAGUGCUUGCAAAACUGCAAUUCGUAAUUCAGUCUUUGCUCCAAAAACAUCUGCUAAAGAAGUAUUUUUAAGUGAAGGGGAAAGUUUUGAAACUUUUUGAUACCUUCUGCAUUAAUCUGCAGCCAACUUUUUUGCACCGAGACAGACUACUUUGAUACUCUUGCACAAUCGAGGAUUUUGUUUAACCCGCAACGGGCUGCAAAUUUGUUUCUCUGUGUUUUUUUUUAAAGCUGUAGUUGUUUAUACACGUUUUCUCGUAUGAAUCUACUCGACCCAUUUCUGAAAAUGACAGACGAGCAUGAUAAAUGUCUUUCUGAUGCCCCUAGUCCGAGCAUGUCUGAGGAUUCCGCGGGGUCUCCUUGCCCGUCAGGAUCUGGAUCCGACACCGAGAACACCAGACCCUCCGAAAACCAUGCAGUGGGCUCCAACGGGGCGCUCAGCGACUUCAAAAAAGACGAGGAAGACAAAUUCCCGGUUUGCAUCCGCGACGCCGUUUCCCAGGUGCUGAAAGGCUACGACUGGACCCUGGUGCCCAUGCCCGUGCGAGUGAACGGAUCCAGCAAGAACAAGCCGCAUGUGAAGAGACCGAUGAACGCCUUCAUGGUUUGGGCGCAGGCUGCGCGCAGGAAGCUGGCGGACCAGUACCCUCACCUGCACAACGCGGAACUCAGCAAAACUCUGGGCAAACUCUGGAGAUUGCUGAACGAAGGCGAGAAGCGUCCAUUCGUGGAGGAGGCUGAACGUCUCCGAGUACAGCAUAAAAAAGAUCACCCCGAUUACAAAUACCAGCCGAGGCGCAGAAAGUCGGUGAAGAAUGGGCAGAGCGAAGCGGAGGACGGCGAGCAGACGCACAUCUCCCCCAAUGCCAUCUUCAAGGCACUGCAGCAAGCCGACUCCCCGGCGUCCAGUAUGGGCGACGAGCACUCCUCUGGCGAGCACUCCGGCCAGUCCCAGGGCCCCCCCACGCCUCCUACUACCCCCAAGACCGACAUUCCGCUGGGCAAGUCAGACCUGAAACGCGAAGGGCGGCCCCUACAGGAGGGCACAGGCAGGCAGCUCAACAUCGAUUUCCGCGAUGUGGAUAUCGGGGAGCUUGACGUCAUUGACGCUAUCGACGUCAACGAGUUUGACCAAUACUUGCCACCCCACGGCCACACGGGUAUGCCCAUGGGUGGCACAGGAAGCGGGCAGGGUGGUCCCGUUUCUUACACGGGCAGUUAUGGCAUCAGCAGCGCCCAGGUGUCACAGACGGCGGCCGGCGGUGGUGGGCACGGCUGGAUGUCCAAGCAGCAGCAGCCACAGCAGCCAGCUGCUGCACAGCACUCGCUAACUACCCUUGGUGGAGAGCAGGGGCAAACCCAGCAAAGGGCCCCGCACAUCAAGACGGAGCAGCUGAGCCCCAGCCACUAUACCGAGCAGCAGGGUUCUCCGCAGCCCGUCAGUUACGGCUCCUUCAGCCUGCAGCACUACAGCACCGCCUCCUACUCUGCUGGUGCCCGCACGCAAUACGACUACUCCGACCACCAGGGCGGCGCCAACUCCUACUACAGUCACGCGGGUGGCCAGGGCUCUGGCAUCUACUCUACCUUCAGCUACAUGAGCCCUACUCAGAGACCGAUGUACACUCCCAUCGCUGACACUACAGGGGUGCCCUCAGUUCCCCAGACCCACAGUCCACAGCACUGGGAUCAGCCAGUGUACACACAGCUCUCCAGGCCUUAAGGGUACCAGAGACUGGAUGGCAGCCCAGCCUUGGCCAGAGACUCAAACUCCCAGCAUGCCCUGCAUUCCAAACAUGUCAUUACCAGCAGAAAGAGAUUAAGGAGCUGGAAUUUAAGUACAGAAAGUAUAUCAGAAUGGCUAACGUGGUGCCUUCUUAUGCUUGGAGUUGUGAUUAUAUUGUUAGAUAUAAUUAAGAAAAUGGGAAAAGGUCCUCUGUGAGGACUGAUUGAAUAUAAAUAUUUUAGUAUGUACUGUGUAUGUUAUGACCUUUGUGAUCAGUCUUUUUUUGGGGGGAUUGUAUGUAUUUGUAGAAAGAAGUGAGCUUUUAUUUUUUUCUUCAAUCAGUUGUAAGCGAAGCUCUAUACAGCCUUAUUUCUUUCAAGAAUAUUUUCAUAUGAACAGUAAAUAUUUCACUGCUUUCUCGUGACGUAUUUUGACCGCAGACCCGCUCGCCAAACGUUUUUCGAAAUGCCAGCUGUUGGAAUGUUGUGUUCGGUGGCGAUUCAACCCCCCCUCUCCUUUAAUGACAGUCAAAGAAGAGACUGACAUUUAAAAAAAAAAAAAAUAAUGAUUUUAAGAUUUUUGUAUGAUUUUCGGAAGAUCUUUGGGACCCUGUUCCAAGAAGUUCUGAGCAAUUGUGCACCCAGGGGCCUUAGCGAAUAAUGGCAGAGCUUUCGUUCGAGUGCGAGUGAGGGGACCAUGUGGCAAUCGCCACCGUCAGUGCCUGGGGAGGGGCAUGGCCGUCGACCCACCUGCACCAUGCAGUUCUCCCCCCCAUUUUCCGAUUGGCCUCAGGAAGGGACCUUUGACCCAAGCGUCCCCAGUGCAUCUCAGCCAAUAGCGUAAUCCUAUCUGUCUCUCACACUCUUAACUUUGUAAUUUAUUUAUUAGUAUUAAUUUUAUUUGAAAGUAACUAUUUAGUCCUUAAUUGAGUCGUGUACAACUAAUUAAACUGAGAAAAGUUACCUUUGAAAUAUAAAGCCAACUAUAAAAAGGUCUUUAGCCUAAGGCGCAGUCAUAUGAGUAUGGUACGGAUUACAACCAUCGUGUUAUUUAUCAUUGUACAUUUUUCGUUUCAGAUGUGUUCUUUUCAUUACCUAGUUGUAUGCAGAUUACCUUUAGUGAUAACUUGAUUUGAAAAUACUGGAAGUUUCUCUCAUUCUAACAAACAUGCUAAUGUUCAUCUGAAGCUUUGGCUGCAUUGUAAAGAGUUUUUUCUUUAUGAAAUUACCAACAUACUUUUAUUUUAAAAAGUUUAUCUCUCAUUCCGUUUCACAUAUCUUAGUUCUGAGGUUGGCAACUGAACAAAUCUUUUGUUUUCUUAGUUCAAACAUGUUAUUGUCUUUACAGAAGCUUAUCUUUUGUAUUCUAUUGUUUGCAAUAAAAUUAAAAUGUGUUUAAAAUAAA